CAAAAAAGCAAGAAUAACACAAAUUGCAGUAAGCAGCUUUAAUGUUUGUCUGGGGUAAACGCAGAAUCUUGACAAAUGUAAGGCCACUUCAAGCUUUGGGGCAACUUCUGUAGAUGUAUGGACUUAAUUGCCGUGCUAAAGAAUUUCCUUCUUUAAAAAGUCAGAAAGCUUCAGAAUCAGUAAAUACAUUUAAGUAAUUUAAUUUUGAACAAUAUUUGCUUCAUUGGCAGGGAUUGAGAUUGGAAAGGGAUCCCCUCUUUGUCUGAACCCCUAGACCAGUGUUUUCUCAACCUCAGCAACUUUAGGAUGUAUGGACUAAUUCCCCAGCCAACAAGUCUGGUUGAAGAAUUCUGGGAGUUGAAGUCUGUGUAUCUUCAAAGUUGCCAAUGUUAAAAAAAAAAAACUGAUGUAAGAGAAAUUUCCCACCCAUACAGAAAGGUUUUUAAUUUAGCAGAGUCUCCUGGAAUGAUUCCAUGUUUCUUGGUGCCUGUGUUCUCUUCCAUUCCUUUCCCAGCUUCCCACAAUUUCUCAUAACAUCAUUCCAACCCCCCCAAAGAUGUAUGAAUACAGCCAACACAAUUGCAAGCAAUGCCAGGAGGGAGGAAUGGGCGGGGAGGACAUUGCCCCUUCUUCUCUUCUAUUAAAAUUGGGGACUUUUCAUGAUGAGGAUCUUUUACUACAGAAAACCUUUCCUUGCUCUUCCAGUCUAACAUUCUCCAUCAUUCAUUGUCUCCCUGUUGCUGCACUGGUUGCUAAGGGGAUGGUUGCCAGGAGGUAUGCAAGUCAAACAAUGACUGACUCAUCUUGCUCUUACCUCCAGCCAAAGGUAAACUCUCUUAAGCUGGCCUGGGCUGCAGGAGGGGACAUCACAGGCUUGCUAUGGACUUCCGUAACCUGUCAUACCGGGAUUUGGUAUUAAAUCGUCCAUAUGUCCCUCUUCACACCUUAGAGACUGACUUCCCCACUCCACUGUACAGUGAUCAGCACCUUUCUCUGAGGGGACCCCGGAAUGCCCCUGUUAUAAAAGAGGCCGUACGCUGGAAAUUCACCCCUAUGGGGUGGGAUGCCAUCCCUCAAACCUGGUAUACCGGCCUGACAAACAGCCAUAACCGUGAUGCCUGGUACACCAUCACUGAGCCCGUGGGCCGAGAGACCUACCACCGGUGGCUGAGGUCCAAUGCUAAACAGGAGAAGACUCUACCACCUGGUUACACCCAGCAUUUGCGAGAGAGCAGCUGGUAUGAUCCAAUCAUCCCUCCUCAGUAUUCGGAUCCUAACACACGAUGGGGUGCUUUUCUAUGGAAGGAUAAGAGUAUUCCUGGCAAAGAAUAUGUUGUCAACCGCAAUCGCUGUGCUGAGGAACUGAAGGGAAAACCAGGCUACGUGCCCCACCUUUCUCUCCACACCCCAGUCUUCACAGCAAAAGACUACCGCACCUGGAGGAUGUUCAGCCACCAGCCUUCAACCAACAACCAGUAAAGCUUCUUCAGCUGCUUGACGUGAUGUGAUAAUCCUCCUUCGUGGUGCAAGGUGGGGAACAGCAUCUCCCCUUUGUGCUCAGGGCCCAUGUCCUAGGCCCAGAGCCUUGGAGUGAUGUGGCAUGGCAGCAUACCCCACAGCCUGGAACAUGUGGAUGUGGCCAAUUUGUUGCGACAGUGCUGUAAAAGGAGGGAGCUGAAAACGCUUCAUCCUUUUACCUGUGUAUUUGUUUUCUAAUGAAAUUGUUGGGCAGACAAUUCUUCAUGUACUUCUUUAUGCAAUGCAGAAAUAACUGGUGGGACUCCCUAUCAUCAUGGGAUAACAAUAGCACUUAGAUUUAUAUACUGCUUCACAGUGCAGAAAUAACUGGUGUGACUCCCUAUCAUCAUGGGAUAGCAUUAGCACUCAGAUUUAUAUACUGCUUCAUAGUGCUUUACAGCCCUCUAUAAGUGGUUUACAGAGUCAGCAUAUUGCCCCCAAUAAUCCUCAGAAGGUUGGAAGGCUGAAUCAAUUUUGAGCAGGUGAGAAUCAAACUGCUGGCAGUCGGCAGAAUUAGCCUACAAUGUUGCAUUCUAAGCAUUGCGCCAAUAUGGCUCUUUAGGAUGACUCUCUACUUCAGGGGUCUUCAAACUCGGCCCUUUUAUGACUCAUGGACUUCAACUCCCA